AUGGAGUACGCCAUUCAAGAGUUUGACAAAAGACUAACCAAGUUAGAUGAAGUACAAGAAGAACUAGAAGGUGAAGUCGAAGCUGAAGAACUGGACCAAGAAUUAGAUGAAGCUCACGCCUUCAGACAAGAAAGUAUGAAACCUAGACUUCUAGCUGAGGACAAGAUAAGAAAGUUAGCAGCAGCAGCACCAGGUGGGUCUCCAGUUCCAAGUAGUGUAAGUGGAUCUCAAGACUCAGAAGCUGUGAAUGGGGAUGCCAAGAGUGUGGUCAAGGGGUUGGCACAUACCAGUGAGAAUUAUCAAGUUGCCUGUGACUUACUGAAAGACCGCUAUGGGAAGCCAGAAAGAAUUAUUUUUGCACACGUCCAGGCCUUGCUUUGUGGUCAUGUCAACCUUAAUCAAAAUGGAACAAAGAGUGUUGCUCAACUAUGGAAGUUGCGCGAUGAAAUCCUAACACACAUUCGUAGUUUAGAAGCUUUAGGUGUCAGUGGGAAGCAGUGUGAAGUGUUUCUCACCCCUAUUAUCCUGUCUCGUCUACCCAAUGAACUGAGGCUAGAAUGGGCCAGGGAUGGGGAUGGACACGAAAGUGAUUUGGAGUGGCUGUUACAAUUCCUUCACAAAGAAAUAUCAAGAUUGGAAAGAUCUGAAGCCUUUAAGGGUAAGAAAAGCAUUAGUGACGAAAGGAAAGAAAGUAAAGGUUCUAAGGAAAAGGUAUACUCAGCUGCAGCCCUCCAUGCUUCUUCAAAACAAGAAAGCUCUCUCUGCUCUUUUUGUAGUAAAAGGCAUAAGUCGGAGAAUUGUUUUGCUGUGUUAAAGUUAGAUGGUAAGGAGCGAGAUGAGAAGAUAAAAGGUUUGGGUCUCUGUUUCAAGUGCUUAAACAGUGGACAUAUGUCAAGAGAAUGUAAGUCCCACAUAAAGUGUACAAAAUGUAAUGGUACUCACAAUGUACUUAUGUGUGUCGUAAAGUUAGAACCAAGUUUAAAAAAGGAAGAAUAUAAAGAAAGUAAAAGUAGUGACACUAGUGCCAAACCUGAGAAUGUAGUACUUCUGUCUGGACAGGGUAGUAACUGCACUAUUUUACAGACCGCAAAGGUCCAAGUAAGCACAGGAGAUGGUAAUGUUGUAGUAGCUAAGGUUAUGUUUGAUAAUGGUGCAGAUAGAACCUAUGUCAGCAGUAGUUUUGUGAAAAAGUGUAAGCCACAAUGGGUCACUAGUACACCUAUACUGUACUCUAGUUUUGGAGGUCACAGUGCUGGAAAGAAUGAACAUAGAAAUGUUUAUAGUUUAAAGUUAUGGAAUUCUGAAAGAAAAGUUGUACCCAUUAUUGCAGCUGAAAUACCUAAAAUAUGUCAGCCUUUAGUGAGACCUGUUGUACCCAAUGCAGUGCUUAAUUCAUUUUCUCAUGUUGCAUUAGCAGAUGAUUAUCAGCAGGACUCUCCUCUUGAAGUUGAUAUCUUGAUUGGAUUAGACUUCUAUUGGACAUUGAUUUCACCUACAGAUGCCAUUCAACUGAAUAGUGUUGUAGCCAUGAAGUCUGUCUUUGGGUAUGUACUAUCUGGUAAGAUAUCUGAGUGUGCUCCCACACCCUCUGAGUACUCUGCUCCACAACUGUUAUGUAUUUCCAGUGUUUCAGAUGUUGAUUUAAGAAGAUUUUGGGAUCUGGAAACUGUAGGGAUUAAGCCUAAGGAAGUUGUAGAAAGUUACAGUGAUGCCAGAGUACACAGAGAAUUUGAGAGUACAGUGCAGUUUGUGGAUGGCCGAUAUGAGGUCACUCUACCAUGGAAAGAUGAAUUUGCUAAAGAUAGGCUUAUGAACAAUGAAGGUUAA